AUGACCACCUCAGAGGGUGAAGCCAUUCAAGAGCCUUUUCUGUGUAGCCUUGGACAUGCCAUUCAGUGGUACGACAUCCUACAAGUCAAAGUUGAGCGCCAAGUGGAGGUUGCGGUCCAGCACUGUUGUGAUCUUGUGGUAGCCACUCAGGAGCCUCCCACCUUUCCCUUUUCACCAAUGUCCUCCAGUACUUCCACUCCUACACCUCUAUCUCCAACUGCACUUCCCCCAACUAUCACCCCAACUAUCUCUCAGCCUUUGACAAGAGGGCAUUGUGCCUCCAUUCUGGUCCAAUACUGCCCUGCCUGCUUUGGAGGCAAUUCUUUUGUAAGGCUGCUAGAUGAAGGUGGAAAUAUCCACACCGCUACCAAUGGUGAUUGCCUGCAAUUCUACGAGCCUGCAUAUUUCCUCCAGAAGUUGAUCAUUGAAUCAACAAGGGUAGUCAAAGCCCUGGUGCCUGGUGAGGCUAUUGACCAUUGCCAGAGCUUAUACCAAGCCACAGAUGGUAAGAAGAAAAAGGCAGUUGCAAUUGCAAUGGAUAGCUUUGAUAAUACUGGAGUAACAAGAUCCAUCAUAGAAAAGGACUCUGCGUCAGAGAAGACACUAGAGGCCCUUGGAAGCCUUGAGUGUGGGCACAAGUGUCUGAUGAACAAAGUUGAUGUCUUAUGCGCGUCUAUCAAUGCACAUGACAAGUUCCCUGAACUCAACGGCAUAGACUUGGAGUUUGUUUGUAUAAAGCUCCACCAGCAAACAUGGCAGGCUAUUUCCAAGAGGCAGCCUGCUCUUAUGACUGCAUUUCAGAAGUUCAAUAUGUACUGCAAGCAUUUGCAUACCCUCUAUGAUCUAUCCUGGGCCAUACCCCUUCCAACACCUCUCCCAACAAAACUCAAUGAUCUACAAAAUGACCAGACCCUCAUAGAAGAUGUUUGGAUAUCUCCAUCUGUUAGUGAGAUUCCGCCUUGGUUGGAAGACCCGGAUGUAGGUUAUGGUAUUUGUGCAGUCCUUAAAUGGGAUAGAUGUAAAGAGGAACAAUGCCGCCUGGGCAUGGAGGCUGACAACAUAUGUCGAUGGUUUGGGCAGGAACUAGCAGCAAUUGAACUUGCUCUUUGCAUGCCAGCUUAUAGCACAUUUAAACUGGCACUGCAGCAACAGUGUAACUACUUGCAUCACCUUCAAAAAAGACUAGAGGGCCCACUUGCCUCUCAAGCACGCUAUGACAGCCAAGCUAGUGAAGCUAUCAGGCUUGCAGCAACACUCUUAGGAGGCUCCGUCCCUGCCACUUACCACUGGAUCAUCCCUGACUUGCCCCCUGAUGAUGGUGAUGGUGACCUCCUAGACCUUACUGAUAAUAAGGUCCUGCUCGAGCCUGAACAAGUCACUCUAGGUGACAUAAUCACAGAAGCAUCCACUGGAGAUGUAGACGAUGAAGAGAAUGAAGAGGCUAUAGUAGGGAAUGCAGAAAUGGUAUGGGAGAUUCCAGAGAAGGCAUCUAAUGAUGCUCUCUGGCGAAACAUGUCAUGGACAUCAUGCUGGGACAAGGACAUAUGGAUAAUACCCAUCCAUAGACCACACCCUGUUGGCCACUGGGUGUUGUGUAUUGCUCAUUUCUCAACAAAAGAGCUACAUCUCUUUGACAGCUUUGCGGACAAGAAGGGAUGGAAAGCAGAUGUCAAGGAUAUCAUGAUGUUAAUAAUGAGGCUACAUGGCCUUGCAAGUCGACACUGUGAGGCUUGCCAGAUGGACACACAGGGCUGGGUUGCCAAACUUGUAGUGGUUGUUGGUGCUUUGCAAGGCUUCAUGGAACAGAUAGGAGUUGGGGAGGGCUUUUCUAGCGAGACCACAGACUUGCAAGCUUCUGCUUUGCAAUCUACAAAAGGGUAUUCAUCUGUUCCAUCUGGUAGCACACUGGUUUAUCAUGCACCACUCCUCAUAUUAUCGGAAAUGCAUUCUCUACAUGAUGAUGUAAGUUCAGCUGAUGGUGACUUCAUUGUGGCACAAGCAGGCGGAGGGCACAACAUACGUGAGGACACAAGUGAUCAACCUCAAACAUCUAAGCCUAACAAGAAACAUCAAUAUAUUGUGAUUCCUGGCCUUGUUGGGGAUGGUGUCCCCAGUCUCCACAACUUGUGCACCUACAAGUCUCGUCAGCACACUCAACCUCCACUUCCACUGUCAGCUCAGCCCUCUCUACAGCCUCUUCAAUAUGCUGCUGUUGCCAGUAAAGUAUCUCCUGAGCCAGAGCACGCACAUGAGCCUCACAGAAACCCUCCACCCGUUAAUUAUCCAUCUCUCAUGUAUCAUCCAGCUCUCUACCAAAGUUUAGUCCCCAAGCUUGCAGGCAGCAAUGGUGUUAACAACACUGCACCUCAAGAUGACAUAGCCAUUCCUGCCAUUCCAUAUAUGUGUGUCAUCCCUCCUACACCUGCUAAAGGCAUUGAAACCGCUCAAGAAUCAGACUUGCCAAAUGAGACACAGGUUGCCAAUGAACUCUUUCCACCAAUGGAAGACAUUGAACAAACACCACCGUUGAGCAUCACCCAAGUCGCUUUGGGCAGGCAAUCUGAUGAGACCAAUGCAACUCUUCAUCAGGGAAUACCUGAGUUGCAAAUAACCAAUCUCUGGAACAUAUCCCACUUGUGCAAGAUCAACACUCAAAACUUCUGGAACAUCUAUGGUCAAUAUUUUGCUGUACAUCAAGAAAGGGAAAAAAUGAGAUCUUCUUCAGAGGAUCAGGUCACAGGCAACCCUUCAGUAGUGAUUUGUAAAGAGUGCUAUAUGCGCUUCAAAAAAGCAUACCCAGAUACAUGGCAAGAGAUCCUCAAAGCAUUUGAAGAGGCUGCAGCAUGCUCUGAGAUUCCACAGACGAUUGCGCAGCACUUGCAAGACUUCAACAAAUUUAAAAGCAAACUUGUACAACUUGUUGAGGCACUAGCAAAUACUCAUGACUUUGAGGUAGUAAUGAUGAUGGCUGGUAGUGUUGUAAACCAAGAUGCCUCUCUCACAUUUGUUCAUACUACGCCAGACGCUGAGAACUUUUUUCAAGACCAAUGUCAAGCAAAUAACAACCAGAUAAUGGGUAAUUUCAAAGCUCACGUAGACGCUCACACAUUCAAUAUUUGCAGAGGCUCUUGGUCACAAAUUUGGAUGUUUCUUCUAGGAGAAGAGCAAUCUUCUACAGCCAAACCAAAAGGUAUAUCUGACUUGGCACUCUCUGAGCACUGCAAGCUAGCCGCAAUUUUGCGCGACCAAGGCCCACAACAAUUGCUCUUCAAACCCGUCCCAAAGCUAUGGCGUGAGUACUAUUAA